CUUGAGCCCAAACAGCCGCGGCCUCCAAAUGAGGCCGUGGGCGCCCUUGCACCCGUGCACCGCACGUAGCAUGCCUGUGUGCAGGCGUUUUUUCUCGCUAGCUCAUCGUGAACAAUUUUCUCGCUGCCUCAAAAACCGAAAACACACGAGUCCCAUUUAUCCUCACUAACCACAAAAUGGCUUACGUGUUGACCGAAACUGCCGCCGGAUAUGCGCUUUUAAAGGCCGCCGACAAGAAGAUCUACAAGCUGGCCACACUCGUGACGGACUUGAAUUCGGCCGAGAAAGUCGCCGAGCAAUUCAAGGUCCAUCGCUUCGAGAAAUUCCAGUCUGCUGCCAACGCCUUGGAGGAGGCCAACGCCGUUAUCGAAGGUAAGGUUUCGGACUCUUUGAAGAAGCUUUUGGAAGACGUGAAGCUGGAGAAGAAGGCCACCUUGAUCGUCUCCGAGGCCAAGUUGGGUAAUGCCAUCAACAAGUUGGGUCUCAACUACUCGGUUGUCUCCGACGCCGCUUCUUUGGACUUGCACAGAUCAAUCCGUGAGUUUUUGCCUGAGCUCUUGCCUGGCUUGGACGACGCUGUUUUGAAGCAGAUGUCUCUUGGUUUGGCCCACUCUAUCGGCAGACACAAGUUGAAGUUCAGUGCCGACAAGGUCGACACCAUGAUCGUGCAGGCGAUUGCUCUUUUGGACGACUUGGACAAGGAGCUUAACACAUACGCCAUGAGAUGUAAGGAGUGGUACGGCUGGCACUUCCCCGAGUUGGCCAAGCUCAUCACGGACUCCGUGGCAUACGCCCGUAUCAUCUUGACCAUGGGCAUCCGUUCCAAGGCUGCCGAGACCGACUUGUCGGAGAUCUUGCCUGAGGAGAUUGAGGAGCAGGUCAAGGGCGCUGCCGAGGUCUCUAUGGGAACUGAGAUUACUGACAACGACUUGGAGAACAUCAAGGCCUUGGCCGAGCAGAUUGUGGACUUCGCUGCCUACAGAGAGCAGUUGCUGAACUACUUGUCGUCGCGUAUGAAGGCCAUUGCGCCUAACUUGACGUCCUUGGUGGGUGAGUUGGUGGGAGCCCGUUUGAUCGCGCACGCAGGCUCGUUGACAUCGUUGGCCAAGGCACCAGCCUCGACGAUCCAGAUCUUGGGUGCCGAGAAGGCCCUUUUCCGUGCGUUGAAGACCAAGCACGACACACCUAAGUACGGUUUGUUGUACCACGCCUCUUUGGUUGGCCAGGCCUCUGGUAAGAACAAGGGUAAGAUUGCCCGUGUGCUUGCUGCCAAGGCUGCCGUCGCCUUGCGUUACGACUCCUUGGCUGAGGACAGGGACGACAGCGGCGACUUUGGUAUGGAAGUGCGUGCCAAGGUUGAGUCCAGAUUGAGUGCCUUGGAGGGCCGCGACUUGAGAACCACCUCGCGUGUCGCUAGGGAUGCCAAGAAGAUCGAUAUUUCUGAAGCCAGAGCUUACAACGCCGAUGCUGACGCCACCGCUCCGCUUGCCAGUGCGCCUGUGGAGGCUGACUCCGAUGACGAGUCUGACGCGGAAGAGGCCCCCAAGAAGAGAAAGAGGGACGCCGACGAGGACGAGAAGGACGCCAAGAAACUAAAGAAAGAGAAGAAGGACAAGAAGGACAAGAAGGACAAGAAAGAGAAGAAGGAAGAGAAGAAGGAAAAGAAAGACAAGAAGGAGAAGAAAGACAAGAAGGAGAAGAAGGAAAAGAAAGACAAGAAGGACAAGAAGGAGAAGAAGUAGAUGAGCCGCAUCUUUUAUACUGCAUCACAUAUAUCUGAAAAUGUGCUUUUGCUCCGGCAGUGAAUGAGCCAAAGCGCAAGCGUUUGUUAAAAUAAAUACAUUGAGAAAAACGGAGCCUUGCACAAUGUUCAUUGGUUAGACCUUACAACGUAUCUUUGGGCCAGCGUCUUCAAAAAACCGGUUUGUAUAUUUGACCAAAGAACGUCUGAAAACCGAUGGUUUGUGAUGUGACCACGCAAAAAGGACUUCUUUAAGGUGGCCUUCAGUUCUUUUUUCAAGUCCAGAACUUGAUGUAAUCAGACCAUCAAAGGUCUUGGAUAUCAUUUAAACUCGCCA